GUGACAUCGCCCUGAGUUGCAAAGUAAGAGAGUGAGCCUGUCCCUGCUGAUCUGAGCUCUGCAGGCCACAGGGACUCACGUCUUCCUGAAGCGUCUCCAGGGCCCGGGUGACACUGUCCAUGGCUGCUGAGGUGAGAACCCCGUCACAGGGAGGGCCAGCCUCCCAGGGACCACACCCUGUGUGUCUGUCUGUUCAGAGGACACUGUGGCCUCCUGCAUCUGCACAGCGAGGUGUAAAGAGAGGAGACGCCAUGACUCCCACCCACACGGCCCUGCUCUGCCUCGGGCUGAGUGUGGGCCUCAGGACCCAAGUGCAGGCAGGGCCCAUCCCCAAACCCACCAUCAGGGCUGAGCCAGGCCCUGUGGUCCCUUCUGGGAGCCCCGUGACCAUCUGGUGUCAGGGGACCCCAGGGGCUGAGGAGUACCGUCUAAAGAAAGAGGGGAGCCCAGCACCAUGGAAAAGAGAGAAGCCGCUGGAGCCCGGGCACAAGGCCAAAUUCUCCAUCACACACAUAACAGAGCAUGAUGCAGGGAUAUAUCACUGUUACUAUCGCAGCCCUGCUGGCCGAUCAAAGCGCAGUGACCGCCUGGAGCUGGUGGUGACAGGAGCCUACAGCAAACCCAGCCUCUCAGCCCUGCCCAGCCCUGUCUUGACUUCAGGAGGGAACGUGACCCUCCAGUGUGGCUCAGGGCAGGGAUUUGACAGGUUCAUUCUGACUAAGGAAGGAGAUCACAGGCUCUUCUGGGCUUUGGACUCACAGCCACAGCCCAGCAGGAAGUACCAGGCCCUGUUCCCUGUGGGCCCCGUGACCCCCAGCCACAGGUGGACCUUCAGAUGCUAUGGCUGUUACAGGAAUGGCCCCCACGUGUGCUCAAACUCCAGUGACCCCCUGGAGCUCCUGGUCCCAGGUGAGUCCCAUUAUUGUUCCAUCCAUGGAUUAUGGCACCAGACACAUGUGGGCAUCUUUGUUGUGAGGGGAGCCCCAUGUGAGAGGGGAAGGGGAGGGAAGCACAGGGGCUACUGGAUCAGAGACACAGAGAGAGACAGUGAGACCUGGGGGCCAGGCCAGGAGAAGGGGUUUAUGGGAGGAGCAGCCCCUGUAACUCACGUCUGGUCUCCCCAGGUGAGUCUGGGAAGCCCUCCCUCCUGAGCCAGCAGGGCCCCAUCGUGGCCUCUGGACAG